CUUACAGGUCAACAAUCAAACAAACAGCGAAUUUAUUUGCUAUGUGUGAAAGUGUGACCUAGCGUCUGAAUAUCGCAUGACAUCUCCAAAUACAGCUGAAAACAAUAAGCAUCUCACACGAGGGCUGAAUUAUCUGAAGCCAUGAAGUUAUGUUUCAGGCUGAAACGCAGAAAAUGGCUCAAACUCCUCUUCGUUCUCAUCUGUCUUCUCGUUAUAACAGCACUCCUGGAGCAGAUGUACCUCGUCAGAAUGAAACCUUACUUAAAUGUCUACAUGGCGAAUGUCGGUCGUUCAAUCGAUCGUCCCCUUUCUACCGACUGGGACAUGAAGCAAUCCCGAUCGAAAUGCGCAAUAACGCAUAGUACUGACAACCAUUCUGAGUUGGAUGAUGGGAAGAAAUGCCAACUGCCCAAUCUGGAUCCUUUCCGUUCAUAUGUGGUGAAAGCUAUCAACCCUGUAAGGUCGAUAGACUGCGAAGGAAGAUUGUACACUGAAUAUGAAAACAGCGUCUUUAAACUCCUGGACGAUGUCAAUGAAAAGCAUCAAAUUAAAGAGGUUUUUGCAGUGCCAAUAGUGCGUGUUUCAGAUCAAUAUUCGGCCUACGGAGAGAAGACCUUUCUUAGCCUGAAUAACAGAAGUGCCAUUAUGGUAGACGACUUUCUCAGAGUGACCAUUCGCUUUAGAGACGGAUCAGAGCAAACAGAUUUUCACGCCUCGAUUUCAGAGAUUCCCGAAGUCUCAGAACAGAAGGAAACUCACAGCUCUCCCCUUAACAUAAUGAUUCUGGCAUUCGAUGGAACAUCUGCUGCCCACUUUGAGAGGAUGCUACCCAAAACAUAUACUUACUUACAAGACAAUCUAGAAUCCAUCGUGGUGAGAGGUUACUCAGUAGUAGGAGAAUCUACGACGCCCCAACUGACGGCACUUUUGACCGGUAGGUCAUUAGAGGAGAACUGCGAUUUUAGUGAAGCAAGGAAAGAAUACGCAUCCUCCACAUUUGUAGACGUAUGGCCCUUCAUAUAUAAAGAUCUGAAACGUCUUGGAAUAGUCACGAUGUGGAGUGAAGAUGAUUAUCACAUAGGUACAUUCACUCUUAGACUAAACGGAUUCAAUGAUCAGCCCACGGACCAUUAUGGAAGAACUUUAUGGUUAACCACGCCAGGCGAGCUCUGCUUUAAUUCUCAGCAGCAGUACAAGGUACAGCUGAAAUACCUCAAAAGCUACAUGAAAUCAUACCCCGGGAAGCGAAAAUUUGGUUUCACUUUUUUUUCCGACUUGUGUCAUCGUGAACCUGGUCUUGUCCAUGCUGCUGAUAGCGGAAUAACAGCCUUUUUCGAGUCUCUUCAACGAGAGAAUCUUUUGAAUGAUACCCUGUUCAUUACAAUGUCCGACCACGGCGCAAGAUUCGAGGAGGUGAGACAAAGUCCUCAGGGGAAAUUGGAGCAGCGACUUCCAUUUCUUUCUUUAACGUUUCCUUCGUGGUUUAAACGCAGCUAUCCCGAUCAAAUUGCAGCUCUGGUUAAAAAUACUCACAUCAUUUCGUCACCGUUCGAUCUUCAUAAAACGAUAAAACAUCUAUUAGCGUUUCCGAAAAAGCAUUUUAUCGAGACGAAUACGACAGGUAAAAGCUUUUUCGAGCCAUAUUCUAUCAGCAGAACUUGUAGCGAUACGGGCAUUCCGGAAUAUUACUGCCCGUGUUUAAAGUGGCACCCCAUUAGUGUAAGUCAUCCGCAUGCAACGGAAGCUGUCAGAGUUGCGGUGGACCACAUCAACAAGCUCUUAAUGUCACACCCGAUGACAGCCAAACUAUGCCACCAACUUAAACUUAAGAUGAUCGCUGAAGCUUAUCAGAGUCAACCAAGCAGUGAAACACAUCUUACGUUAGAUCUUGAACAAACCAUAUGCACUUAUCAAAUUCAAUUUCAAACAACUCCUGGCGAUGGCAUAUUUGAAGGGCUAGUCAGGAUGGACUUAUCCGGGAAUUUUAAAGUAUAUAGUAAAUUGGAUCGUAUUAACAUGUACGGCGAUCAGCCGCGGUGUAUUUAUGAUGCUGUGCCGUCCAUACGAUCGUACUGUUUGUGUAAAUAAUAGUAAUAGUCUUAAACGAGGGCUAUCUCCUCUGCCAUAAUUGAGGCAAAGAAAUAUAGAAGAAUUUAUUGCAUGUUGAUGACAACGGCAUUAGAUUCCGUAGAAACUCCGGCA